CGAUUACCAAAGUUAUCGGUUCGUGCCUUGGGAAAAUAAACAAAAAUGUGUGAUAGAAACAAACCGUCUGUUCAGGAUAUCGCCGAGCUGUGUUUCCAAAAAUUCGAGUCCUUGCCAAAGACAGGAAAACCCUCUGCUAAUCAAUGGACCGUUUUGGCGGGCAUAGUAGAGUUCAACCGGCAAACGGGGGCCAGUCAACUGGUGGCCCUUGGAUGCGGAACCAAGUGCAUAGGGCAAUCCAAACUUUGUUCCCGUGGUCUCGUCCUCAACGAUUCCCACGCCGAGGUGUUGGCCCGUCGAGCCUUCCUCCGCUUCUUGUACCAGGAGCUGAAGCAGGAGAGGAUCUUCCACUGGAACAGUAAGCUUAGGAGCUACGACAUGGAUGAGCACGUGGAGUUCCACUUUCUGAGCACUCAGACGCCCUGCGGAGAUGCGUGCAUCCAGAAUGAAGGAGAAUCAGAGCAACUGGCCAAGCGCCAGCGAUUGGAUGAGGGAGCCGACAUGGUCUAUACCGGCGCCAAGUUAAUGGGUGACUUGAACAACGAUCCUAUGCAGCAGACACCCGGAGCUUUGCGAACCAAACCAGGUCGUGGAGAGCGCACCCUAUCAAUGUCCUGUAGCGAUAAGAUGGCCCGAUGGAAUGUGUUAGGUGUGCAGGGUGCCCUACUGGAUUCCCUGAUCUCCAAACCCAUUUACUUCAGCAGUCUGAACUUUUGUUGUGCCGAUGCGCAACUGGAAUCGCUAGAAAGAGCCAUCUUUAAGCGUUGGGAAAACAAGUCCUUCGAAAAUCUGCGGUUCCAGCCUCAAAAAUCACAGAUACGCAUAGAUUCUAGCGUAUCCUUUGAGUUUUCGCAACGCUCCGACUGGCAACCCUCGCCCACUGGCUUGGCUUGGUCCCAAGUGCCGGAGGUCUUAAGACCCUAUGAAAUUUCUGUAAACGGAAAGCGUCAGGGGGUGACCAAAAAAAAGGUGAACACGCCACAAGCUGCGUUGGCAAUCAGCAAGUACAAGCUGUUCCUCACUUUUAAGGAGCUACUCAGAUUCAAUCCGAAGCUCAGCGAAAAGUUUGAUCAAAACCUAUCAGAUAUUGAUCUGUUGACAUAUGCCGCUUGUAAGGAAUUGGCCGAAGAUUACCAGUUGGCAUGGCGUCAAGUAAAAGCUAAAUACUUCCUUCAAUGGACCAAAAAGCCGCCUGAAUUGCUGAACUUUUCUUCAGUACCCAAUGAAUGACAGCGACUAAUGAGGGUGAAACAAUAAAUGUUUAUAUGCUGGUGACUUCUUGGCUUAAGAGCUGCAAUCAAUAUUCCAUUGGAUUGGAAGGCGAUCUUAAUAAGCAAUGGUAAAAAUAAAUCCGCUGAUGUCUCACUCCAAUUAUCCAUUUUGAAAAAAGGACAUCACAAAGGAUAUCGUUUUAAAGGCGAUCAAAACCAAAGGAAGUGUUGCAUGAAAGUACAAUUUCUGUAAAGCAACCCCUUGCCAUCGAAUUAAAGGGCAACUGGUUCAUCAUAUGCAA